AACUCAAAUUAACCAUCAUAAUGAGACUAUAAAGAAUAGGUGAUUGUCUAGCAACGUCUGCAUAACUUGGAUUCGACGGAUCGGAUUUUCAUCUUCGCCGGAAAAUGAGCACCAGAAUCUUUUCUUCCCCUGAAUCCUCUAUUUCAGGUUUCUUCUUUGUUUGGCUGACAUGCUUCCCUUAUCUUUUCUCAGUCUAUGGGUCUGCUAGUGAAACGAAGCAGAAUAGACCUGUAAUUAACGUUACAAAACACAUCUCGUUUCCUGAUUUUAGCCUACAGAAUCCCAGAAUUUUUUAUGAUGUGAAGCUUUUGGGAAGCGCCAAGCUCUUGAACGAAAAGGGUGUGGUGCAGAUUCCUGGUGAGACCAAUUUUUCCGAUCUCAGACAUCUAGCGGGGAGAGCUAUCUACUCUUGGCCUGUCCGUUUGUUUGAUCCUUUUACCGAAACUCCGGCGUCUUUUGAGACAACAUUUUCUUUUAGGCUCAGUAAAGCAACUCAGCUCAAUUCUUCUGGGUCGGAGAUGGGUAAUCAUGAAGGCUCCGGGAUGACAUUUAUCAUAGUACCGGACGAAUUUACCGUCGGAAGAGCGGGGCCAUGGCUGGCGAUGCUCAAUGAUGCUUGCCAGGAGAAUUACAAGGCUGUGGGAUUUGAAUUCGACACCCGACAGAACCCGGAAUUCGGGGACCCAAAUGACAACCAUGUCGGAAUUAAUUUGGGAAGCAUUGUUUCGACGGUGACUGCAAACGCCUACGAUGUGGGUGUCUUCCUGAAGGACGGUUCAGUCCACCGAGCUUGGAUUUCGUAUGACGGUAAGCAAAAAUGGAUCGACAUCCGCCUUGGAUUGGACGGCCUUGAAUACCCAUCAAAAUCGAUCAUCUCCGGCCCUCUUGAUCUUUCCCCCCAUCUGAACGAGUACAUGUUCGUCGGAUUCUCGGCAUCUACAGGUAACAUGAUCCAACUCCACCAAGUUCACUCAUGGAAUUUUACAGCGACUAGUCAGGCUUUUCUUCGUAUUCCGUCGUCGGAGAGUUGUGAGAGUAAAAUUACCUUCCCAAGUAGUGCCGAUCUAACUAGCCAGAAGAAAAACCACAAGAAAGAGCCGCACCUCGUCUUCUUGAUCCUCGGAGCAGUGGUGACAGCAGUGGCUGUGGUGGUUGCGCUCUGGUUUUUCUGCAGCAGCAAGGAACAAAAUAGUAAUUCCAAGCUCGUUGUCUUACCGGAGAAAAAGCAACGGCCAAGCAGUCUCAUCAAGCCCCGCCGUUUGACCUCAUCGGAGAUCUCAUCAGCAACUCAGGGUUUCAGCGAGGGAGAAGAACUGGGUAGCGACUGCAGAGGCGUUUACUACAAAGGGAAGCUUUCUGGUGGUUGUGAAAUCGCUGUGAAGAGGUUCUCCGCUAAAUUCCUCAGCUCCCAGCAAGGCUCAGACAAGCGACGGUUGCUCAAAGAAAUUAGCGCCAUGAGCCUAGUCCGCCACCCCAACUUAGCCCCUGUCAGGGGAUGGUGCCAUGACAGGCGGGAUGUGAUGGUUGUGUACGAUUUCUACACCAAUGGAAGCCUGGACAAAUGGCUCUUCGGAGUUGGCGUGCUUCCCUGGACCCGACGGUUCAAGGUAAUCAAAGAUGUAGCUGAAGGACUGAGUUUCCUCCACUCCAAGCGACUAGCUCACAAGAACAUGAAAACAAGCAGUGUCUUUGUCGAUGUAAGUUUCCGGGCACUUUUAGGCGAUUACGGAUUCGUUCUAUCAGCAAUGGAAUCACAGAGGUUUGAAGCAGCCGUAAGUCAAAAGGCUGAUGUUUUUGAAUUUGGUAUCUUUGUUUUAGAACUAGUGUCUGGAAGGAGGAAAUUGGACUCGGAGUUGAAUCAAGAAGAGAAGGAUUUGGUAGAUUUUGCUUGGAGAAUGCAUGAAAUGGAUGAGAAGGCGAAGGUGGUUGAUGGGAGGUUGGGAUCGUUGGUGAAUUUGGAGCAGGCGAUUCAAGUUCUAGAAAUUGGAUUGCUUUGUACUCUGAAUGAAUCAAAGGGAAGGCCUUCCAUGGGUGAUAUUGUGGAAUUCUUGAGUUUGGAAAGACAUAUUCCGGAGCUGCCUGCCAGUAGACCCAUGGUUCUGUGCCCUUACAAUAGUGCCACCGGUCUCUGCCCCGGUUAUUCAUGUGGAGCUUUCAAUUGAACCCUCAGUCCCACUUGGUGAGACCUGUUAUGACCUAUGUGUUUCAGCAUUAGGGCUUUCUUUAGUUGUGUUGUGCUAAGAUUGUUUUUUAUU